CACAAUUGUCACGGAUCUGCUCCAUCGACUUUCCAUCGAUCCAAGCACUCAACGACGCCAGCAGUUGCACCCUUUACUGGCAUAUCAGUGUCUUCCUUUCUACCAUGAAGGGCCUCAAGAAAACAUUGCUCAACCGGAAAGGCUCCCAAACGUCGCAGGAAAGCCCAUCCAAGAAGGAGUCCAAAGCGAAUCAUUCCUCUGCGCCUUUACCGCCGCCACCCAAUACAGCAAAGCCGCUCCCUGUUCUAGGUGGCUCUGCCGUUGCCAGUGCUCUAAAUACGCAACCGCGGUCUGCUUCGCCAGCUUCCACAAGUCCAAGCGUUCCAGAUCGCAGACAGUCUGCUGAAGCGCCAGCACCUCCCUCAAUUGUCGUCGUCAGCUCCGAUAAUGGACAUGAUCCUGUUCAUCGUCCUCCUCAUUUCGGCGGUCAGCCAGAGAGACAUCCCCCUCCUGAUGCAAUACCACCACGCGCAACCCUCAAUCGUCUCCGGGCUGGUCCUAAGGAUACUAUACCAAUCGUCGGGAAACCUCCGAGGAAGCAAAGAAGCAGUCGUUUUGUUGUUACCGAGAGGGUUGAGAUUGAACGGUUGCCUCCAUUCAUGGAAACUGCUCCAAGUGAACGUCCUCAGUUAUUUAUACGAAAGCUCCAUCAAUGCCGCGUCUUGUUUGAUUUUAAUGACGCAAGCUCGGAACUGAAAGGCAAGCAGAUUAAGGCCCAAACUCUACACGAGAUGCUGGAGUACAUCACUACUCAGAGGGGCGUCAUCACUGAGAGUGUAUACCCGGAAGUUGUCAAUAUGUUUGCUUCCAACCUCUUCAGAUCCAUACCCCCACCUGUAAAUCCGACUGGUGAUGCUUUUGACCCUGAAGAAGAUGAACCGGUUCUUGAACUUGCAUGGCCGCACCUUCAAAUCGUUUACGAGUUCUUUCUGCGUUUUAUCGAAAGCCCUGAUUUCAACACAAAUAUGGCUAAACGCUACAUCGACCAACCUUUCGUCCUCAAUCUUCUUGAACUCUUUGAUUCUGAAGAUCCUCGGGAGCGCGACUUUCUCAAAACUACACUGCAUCGCAUCUAUGGAAAAUUCCUUAACCUCCGCGCCUUCAUACGACGGUCUAUCAACAAUGUAUUCUUCCAUUUCGUCUACGAAACUGAACGGCACAAUGGUAUUGCGGAGCUACUGGAAAUUCUAGGGUCUAUCAUCAACGGUUUUGCGUUGCCUCUCAAAGAAGAGCACAAGAUCUUCCUUACUCGGGUGCUCAUUCCGCUACACAAGGUGAAAAGCCUUUCGCUGUACCACCCGCAAUUGGCGUAUUGCGUUGUUCAGUUUUUGGAGAAGGAUCCAGCAUUAGCCGAAGAAGUUAUGAUGGGCUUGUUGAAGUACUGGCCAAAGGUGAAUUCACCAAAGGAAGUCAUGUUCCUAAACGAAGUAGAGGAAGUUCUGGACGUGACGGAUCCGGUCGAAUUUCAAAAAAUACAGGUUGCCCUUUUCCACCAGCUUGCUCGCUGUAUCAACAGCCAACACUUCCAAGUGGCUGAGCGGGCACUGUUGUAUUGGAAUAAUGAGUAUGUUGUGAACUUAAUGAGCGACAAUCUUGCCAUCAUUCUGCCGAUUGUGUUCCCUGCGCUGUAUACUAAUUCAAAAUCCCACUGGAAUCGAACGAUCCAUGGAAUGGUGUACAAUGCAUUGAAGUUAUUCAUGGAGAUCAACCCCGAUCUUUUCGACGAUUCAAUGCAACAGUUCAAGGAGAGGCAGUACAGAGAACAACAGCAUGCUGUUGACCGUUACAACGCGUGGCAGAAGAUGCGGGAAAAAGCGCUGCGCAACGCUCCCGGAGGCAAGAUGCCUGUAGGCUAUCACGAAAUUCCGCAUGUGCCUCCACCACCCCCACCGACCGUCGACGACAACGAUAUUAUGGAUCUAUCUAUGGAGCUCAACGCGGCCUCAAUUGAUGAUGUAACGGGUGAUCUAGACGAACGCGGGAUUGAGCGGGUACCUAUGGCGGAUCCAGGAUUGGACCGAACAUAUCCCGACGUCGGGACCACUGAACUAACAUCAGGUCAAAGCCCACAUGUGCGGCGCAAAAGUGUUCUCCCAGGUGCGUGCCUCUUUUUUUAAACUAGGAUCAGUCGUUGUCAACGAUUGUCUUCAGUUGAUCCCAGUGUGUUACGCGACUUGCAGGCACAUCGAAGCCUUGACGAUGUUGCAGGUCAGAACAUAACUGAUGGCGGGAUGGGAUCGUACCCGGGAGCAUCGAGUUACUC